UUAAAUGCUUGUAACACCUCCAUUAAUGGAAAAUCAUCCUUAAUUCACGAAACCUCCAUUAAUGGUACUUCAUCUUUAACCCUUUGUCUUUUUCUCCCCUUUUAAAUAACAUUCUUGUUCUGUUCUUCAAUCGGGUACGCUGCUCAUUCUCUGUUACGUACUUACGUUUACAUCAAGUGAACUCUUUGUGUUUUGCUUUCUGGUGCCCACAAGAGGAACAUGGCUGUGGCUCCAGUAUGCUUCAAAACAUGUUAUAAAGAUAAGACUAUAAGCAAGGAUGUAUGUAUCUGUCACAAUUCUGUUGGUUGUGUGAUGAAACCAUACAGACGCAUGCUCAAAUGUGCAAGCUUUUUAAGAUCAAUCUCUGCUAAUUCAUCUCAAAGGGAGAAAUCAUCAAAGUUUGUCUUGAAAUCCAGUUCUAGAGAGAAACAGUUGCAGUCACUAGAUUCUUACUUUGGGAAAUUCAAGGGGGGUAUAGAUCAUAAUUCUCCAAGUUCUUUGAACAAGGAUGUUGCUUCCUCUGCUAGUAGAGAUGAACGUUCUCACCCGACAAGAUAUAUUGUCGAAAACAACGAGCAAGAAAAGGUGGUUGAUCAUGGUGGUUUGAAAACUGAUAAUGAUGAAACUUGUGGUCUCUACUUGAUAAGCACAAUGACUUCCAUAAACAUUGCGGUUUAUUUGUUCGAAAUUGCAAGCCCGGUUAAGAACUCUGAUUUGGAUCUCUUCUCACUUCCAGCACUCUAUGGAGCAAAGAUUAAUCAUUUGAUCUUAUAUGGAGAAUGGUGGCGCCUACUGACACCGAUGUUUCUGCACACAGGGAUGCUCCACACGGGGCUUGGUUGUUGGGUUCUGCUGACAUUUGGUCCUCAAGUAUGCAGAGCGUACGGCCCGUUCACCUUUUUCUUGAUAUACAUACUCGGGGGACUCUCAGGAAACUUGACCAGUUUUCUUCACACCGCAGAUCCAACCGUUGGUGGAACAGGACCUGCGUUUGGUAUCAUUGGAGCUUGGCUCAUGUAUCACUAUCAAAACAAGCAUGCCAUGAGCAAAGAUGGUUUUGAAAGCAUGUAUCAGAAGGCAGUCGUUGCUACUGCUCUUGGUUUUGUUUUAUCGGCUUUUGGUCCAAUUGAUGACUGGACACAUUUAGCAUCAGUUUUCACUGGCAUAGCUUAUGGGUUCUUUAUAUGCCCCACACUACAAUCCGAAACCGGUGAAGAAAAUGGAGUCACGUUGAUCGGAUAUAGAGGAAAUGCGGAUCCUUUUAAAUCCUUUGUGUUUUUCUCCAUUUUUGUUUUGGUUUUGAGUUCUUUGCUUCUUGUAUUUGAACCACCAGUGGGUUCACUAGCUGUAGACACCCUUGUGUAAUCCUAACACCAAAUGGGUAUUAUAUAUGUAAUAUAGGUGUAUUUUGCGUGUUG